CUAUUGCAUCGAUGUUUUUCCACCUCUAGUUUUGUUCGUCAAUCGUUGAGUUUCUUUUUUGUUUUAAAUUAAAAAAAACCAUUUAAAAAUAUAAAAUGGCCGACACAAAGGGCUUUUCUAGCAUCGAGACGCCCGGCUACGUGGGUUUCGCCAACUUACCCAACCAGGUGCACCGCAAGUCCGUGAAAAAGGGCUUCGAGUUCACGCUCAUGGUGGUGGGUGAGUCCGGCCUGGGAAAGUCCACACUGGUGAACAGCCUAUUCCUUACGGACCUCUACCCGGAACGUAUCAUUCCAGAUGCCAUAGAGAAACAAAAACAGACUGUUAAGCUGGAAGCCUCAACCGUGGAGAUCGAGGAGCGGGGAGUCAAGCUGCGUCUCACUGUGGUAGACACUCCCGGCUUUGGUGAUGCCAUUGACAACUCGAACAGCUUCGGAGCCAUCCUGGAGUAUAUUGACGAGCAAUAUGAGCGCUUUCUGCGUGACGAAAGUGGCUUAAACAGACGCAACAUUGUGGACAAUCGUAUUCAUUGCUGCUUCUACUUUAUAUCUCCGUUUGGACACGGCCUCAAACCCCUCGACGUGGAGUUCAUGAAGAAACUGCACUCUAAAGUCAAUAUUGUGCCGGUGAUCGCCAAGGCGGACUGCCUCACCAAAAAGGAGAUCCUGCGCCUCAAGUGCCGCAUCAUGCAGGAGAUCGAGAGCCACGGCAUCAAGAUCUAUCCACUGCCAGACUGUGAUUCCGACGAGGAUGAAGACUAUAAGGAGCAGGUGAAGCAACUGAAGGAAGCUGUGCCUUUCGCCGUCUGCGGCGCCAACACUCUGCUCGAGGUCAAGGGCAAAAAGGUUCGCGGUCGCCUCUAUCCGUGGGGCGUGGUCGAGGUUGAGAAUCCCGACCACUGCGACUUCAUCAAGCUGCGCACUAUGCUAAUCACCCACAUGCAGGACCUGCAGGAAGUAACGCAGGAGGUGCACUACGAGAACUACCGCUCCGAUCGCCUGGCCAAGGGCAUUAAGGGGGGCAAGGGAACCGGCGAGAAUGGCAUUAAGCCGGAGCGGGAAAGCAUUGUGCCGGGCCAGGCCAGUGUGCUGUCGGAGAAGGAUCGCAUUCUGCAGGAGAAGGAGGCCGAGCUGCGGCGCAUGCAGGAGAUGCUGGCCCAAAUGCAGGCGCGCAUGCAGGCCCAGCAGUGAAUACCAUUCAUCCUGACCCCAGCAGUGACGCAGGCUGAUGCGGAGAAGCAGCACCCGAGUCGUGCAAUCGAUAUAUAUAUACAUAAACAUAUAUUUUUUGUAACGCAGAUUUAAGUUCGCGAUCGCGCUUUAAUUCUACUCUCAAUUGUGAAACGACGGGCGCUAUUUAAUCUGUAUUAAUUUCGCAUUCUUCAUAUACAUAUACACUAAUAAUCGUAGGUCUUAGUUAUACACACUCUAUACAUAUACAUAUACAUAUAUAUAUAUACAUAUACAUAAUAUAAAAUCGAAACAAAACGUCUGCAAUGCAAUUGCGCUCCAUUUACGAAAAAAAAAAAACCAAACACCAUCAACACAAAAAACUCAUUUCAUAUCACUCCUAUCACUCCACAAACACAAAAACAACUGUAUUCCUACUAUGUAUUUAAAAGCGAUUAACAAUUAUUAUUGUACUCUGCUAAAAGUUUAGGCUAAGCGAUUCCUAUGUCCCGAUUUGUAUUGUAUGCUGAUUAAUUUUUUUGUAAUUUUUAUCGACUCUGUAGCCCUUUUGUUUAGGUUAUCCUACAUACAUAUAUUAAUGUCUUCAUUUUAUACCUAUAUAUAUUCAUAUAUAUUUGUUUAUGUAUAUAUGCAUACACGUAUAUGUGUGGCAGAGUGCGACGCGCCAACUCGAAUUAGUUAAUAACUUUUUGGCAAAAGGUUCAAUUCCUAUACAUUUAUACUUCCUGCGAGCCCCGAAUCGAACCACUAGGCUGCUUUAAUUCGGUGACGAAUUCGAUUGACAGCCGCACUCUCGAAGCAACAAAAACAAAACCAAAAUGUGAAAUCUCUUUUAUGUAUUUGAACGUUUUUUUUAUCCUAAUAUAAUCCUGAUGAAUACAUAUAUAUGCUUUUUAUACGAUUUAUAAA